GCCUUCUAUAUCUCCGAUGUUGACCACCAUGCGAAUGAAUUGCGACAAAGCAUCACGAUAUCGUGCACAAGUCUGAGUAAAUUGCAGUAAAUAUAACUCUUAGUAUCAUUUUAACUCAAUCCAAUAAUCAUGGACCAGGUAUCGGCGUUAAAGGACAAAGGCAAUGCGGCUUUGCAAGAAGGAAAAUAUGAAGAUGCGAUUAAAUUUUAUACAGAAGCGAUUGCUCUGGAUGGUAAAAACCACGUGCUGUACAGCAACAGAUCAGCUGCUCACGCAAAAUCGGGUAACUAUGAGAAGGCUCUCGAGGAUGCUGAGAAAACAGUCUCAUUGAAAAGUGACUGGGCGAAAGGGUACUCGAGAAAAGGCAGUGCGUUGGCUUAUCUUGGACGUUUGAACGAAUCGAUAGCCGCUUAUGAGACAGGUCUCCAGUUGGAUCCCAACAAUGCUCAGAUAAAAGAGAGUCUAGAAGAUUUGAAAGCCCAAAAAGCAUCGAUGGCCGCCAAUCCAUUUACUUCUCCAGAUGUAUUUAUGAAGUUACGCAGCGAUCCACGGACGAAGGACCUCCUGAAUGAUCCUGAUUAUGUAAAACUUCUUACCGAACUCCAAACAAAUCCACGAGCUGUUGGAUCCAAGCUACAAGACCCACGUGUUCUUACGACCCUGAGUGUUUUGUUGGGCAUCAACACCAUGGGCGAAGACGAAAGCAUGGAUGUGGAUCCACCUAAACGCGAAGAACCCAAACCAGCACCCAAACCACAGCCGAAAGACGACCCGAGUAUACCACCGGAGAAGAGAGAAGCCAUAGCGGAAAAACAAAAAGGCAACGACGCUUACAAGAAAAAAGACUUUGAGACAGCUCUCAGUCAUUACCAUAAAGCUGUUGAACUAGAUCCAACUGACAUAACUUAUUUAUUAAAUAUUGCCGCGGUUUAUUUCGAACAAAAAGAGUACCAGAAAUGUAUCGAGCAGUGCGAAAAAGCGAUUGAUAUCGGUCGCGAAAACCGCGCGGACUUCAAACUUAUCGCCAAAGCAUUCACGAGAAUCGGGCAUUCGUACGAGAAAAUGAGCAACUGGAGACAGGCUAAAGUUUACUACGAGAAGUCGAUGUCAGAACACCGAACUCCCGAGAUAAAGACGAUUCUCUCUAAAUUGGAGCAGAAGAUAAAAGAAGAGGAGCGAAAGGCUUACAUAGAUCCAGUCAAGGCUGAGGAGGAGAAAGAACUGGGCAAUCAGAAAUUCAAAGACGGUGAUUAUGCGGCAGCUGUGAAACAUUAUUCAGAAGCUAUCUUGCGUAAUCCGGAUGACGCAAAGUACUACAGCAAUCGUGCCGCAUGCUACACAAAACUAGGAGCCUUCGAUUUAGGUCUUAAAGAUUGCGAGAAGUGCGUUGAGUUGGAUCCCAAUUUCGUCAAAGGCUGGGUGCGAAAAGGAAAAAUUCUUCAGGGUAUGCAGCAACACAGAAAAGCAUUGAAGGCCUACCAGACUGCUCUUUCAUUGGACCCUAACAAUGCCGAGGCUUCUGAAGGAUAUCGCAGCUGUUCGGUGUACUUUGAUUCAAAUCCAGAGGAAGUUAGAAAACGAGCAAUGGCCGAUCCCGAGGUUCAGAACAUCUUGAGAGACCCAGCGAUGCGGUUGAUUUUGGAACAAAUGCAAAAUGAUCCAAGGGCUUUGCAAGAUCAUUUAAAGAAUCCCGCGAUCGCCGAGAAGUUACAAAAACUUCUGGAGUCGGGAUUGGUCGCCAUUCACUAGUAAAAACAUCAUCAACUCGUAAUUGGAUAAUGAAUAUUGAAGAAUGCCUACAUAUAAGCUUGGAUAAAAUCAAUCGCUAUUGAGUUAAUCAUAACUUUUAAAACUUCGAUUUUCACGCAAUUUUAUUUUACCAUUUUGUAUUUUUUAAAAGUAAAGAAAAGAAAAAUGCAUAAAUAUCACAUGGUUUACAAUAAUUAUAGUAAUAGGCAUCGUAAACCACCCGGCAGUGCCUCAAGAUUUAAAAUAAACGCCAACGAACACCAACACCGCAGCCAUUGACAGUUAAUAAUCAUAUGUAAAUUAUCCAUUAAAAAAAUUAUCUCUGCUAAGCAAUUUAAAGUUGACUGAUUUUCUAUUUGAGGCAUUCGUGACAUUUUCAGCUGCCAUUGUUAAUAUGUUGGUCAUAUUCUUUUUCUACAGCUCUGUUCCAUGAUAUCACUCAUAAAAUGUAAUGAUAUAUGAUAAAUGAUGUAAAAUUUAGAAUCCGUAACUAAAAUAAUAUUAAUUAUAAAUAAUU